UGAUAUCAUUCCGGUAAUUUUACAGAAUAAUCCAUAAAACACUGAGCCCCUUUUAAGAUCUCGAGGUUAUCCGUUCACAUUCAUCCAUUCAUUCAUUCAUCCAUUCCCUUUCCCUUUCCCUCGCAGAUCGCUUCCCAUCUUCUAAAAGUGGCACUAGUGCGUCCUUCCAGCAACUUCCUCACAGCCUACGGUACCUACCACUCUCUAGUCGAGAAAACCAUCCCAAGAACCAAAACCCAAACCCAAACCAAAACCCAAACCAACACACACACACACACAUUUCACACGUCGCAUAACAUCCUACGUUUUUCUUCCUAUUUCAGUUUGUGAGAUCUCUUUCCUAAACACUUAAAUUAAUAUCAUAAAAAGAUACUCAGGUAAGAUCUUCAUUUCCCCUCAAAGCGUUUGGAUCCCGUCAUCUGUUUUCUCCCUCCGCCUUGCUCAACAUCCCCAUCUUCCAACGCCAUCAACAAACAAUCAAUCUACAAAUCGCAGUCAUGGGUUACGAAGAUUCCGUCUAUCUCGCCAAGCUCGCCGAGCAGGCUGAGCGAUAUGAAGAGAUGGUUGAGAACAUGAAGUCCGUCGCCUCUGAAGACCAAGAACUUUCCGUCGAGGAGCGUAACCUUUUGUCUGUUGCAUACAAAAACGUUAUUGGUGCUCGUCGUGCAUCAUGGAGAAUCGUCACUUCCAUCGAACAAAAGGAGGAGUCAAAAGGCAACUCAUCCCAAGUUACUCUCAUCAAGGAGUACCGUCAAAAGAUCGAAGCAGAACUUGCCAAGAUCUGCGAAGAUAUCCUCGAGGUUUUGGACAAACACUUGAUUCCUUCUGCCAAGAGCGGUGAAUCCAAGGUCUUCUACCACAAGAUGAAGGGUGAUUACCACCGUUAUCUCGCUGAGUUCGCCAUUGGUGACAAGCGAAAGGAGUCUGCCGACAAGUCUCUUGAGGCUUACAAGAACGCAACUGAAGUUGCUCAAACUGACCUUGCACCAACUCACCCAAUCCGUCUUGGUCUUGCCCUCAACUUCUCCGUUUUCUACUACGAGAUCUUGAACUCCCCAGAUCAAGCUUGCCAUCUUGCCAAGCAAGCUUUCGAUGAUGCCAUUGCUGAACUCGAUACCCUUAGUGAGGAGAGCUACAAGGACUCCACAUUGAUCAUGCAACUCUUGAGAGAUAACUUGACCCUCUGGACUUCAUCAGAGGCCGAGCCAGCUGCUCAAGAGUCCGCUGCCGCACCUGGUGAGGCCAAGGAAGCCGAGGCCGCUGCACCAGCUGAGGAAAAGGCAGAUGCUGAAUAGAGAAUCAUCGGAUAUGGCGUUGAUGUUUGGUCGAAUGGGCGUACAAGCGAUGGAGGUUACGAUUGGGUUUUGCAUGUUUCGGCGGACGAGAUGAGCAGAGGGCGAACUUCAUAAAGAGCUUUUGGGGGGUCUCACUCGCAACUUGCUUGCCUUUAGACUCUUUAAUGCAUCAAACCAUACUGUACUUUCUCUUCCACACAUCCUUUCGCUACUCUGCGAAUGUCUCGAUUGCCCAACAUCUCUUUUCCUUUUUCCAUUUUUUUGUUGAAGACCACUUCCACAUGUCAUUCCCGGGUUGUUGAUAGGUUACGGCCUGGCACUUUUUUAUCAAAUCGAUUAGACUAAAAAAAAGUAGCAAAUCCAUAAAACCAGUACA